GCGCCAUAAAAGAGAAAGAACUCUUAAAUCUCACUAGGAAACAGCCACGGAUGUCACGAAAAUGUUGUCCAGCAGCCAUGUAAAGAUUGGAAUUAUUGGUGGUUCUGGCCUUGAUGAUCCAGAUAUCUUGGAGGGAAGGACAGAACGGUUUGUAGUCACACCGUUUGGAAAGCCGUCCGAUGCUCUAAUCUUGGGCAAAAUAAAAAGUGUUGAAUGUGUUCUUCUUGCAAGGCAUGGGAGACAACACACCAUCAUGCCCACCAAUGUCAAUUACCAGGCCAAUAUUUGGGCAUUGAAGGAAGAAGGCUGCACCCACCUGUUAGUCACCACAGCCUGUGGUUCGCUUAGAGAGGACAUCCAACCUGGGGACAUUGUUUUAAUUGACCAGUUCAUUGAUCGGACAACAAAACGUGUUUCAACGUUCUAUGACGGGCAGCCCACCAGUCCCCCAGGUGUGUGUCACAUCCCUAUGGCUGAACCCUUCUGCGGCAGGACUAGAGAGGUGCUGCUGGAGGUUGCUCAGGCACAUGGAGUGAAGUGCCACACUCGAGGGACGGUGGUGACUAUAGAGGGUCCUCGUUUCUCCUCUCGGGCAGAGAGCCUCAUGUUCAGACAGUGGGGUGCUGAUGUCAUUAACAUGACCACAGUACCUGAGGUGGUUCUUGCCAAGGAAGCUGGCCUGUGCUAUGCUAGUAUUGCAAUGGCAACUGAUUAUGACUGCUGGAAAGAGCACGAAGAGGCGGUGUGUGUGGACAAUGUUCUGAAAACAAUGAAAGAGAACGCCAAUAAGGCGAGCAGCAUCCUGCUCUCAGCGAUUCCACAGAUCUUCCAGAUGGACUGGGAGAACACAAUAAAUGCACAAAAGUUGAUGUCUCAGUCUUCAGUAAUGUUGCCAAAACAUUAAAGCACAUCGCCAUCAAGAUGUGACCUCCAUGACCACGAGCAUGUAUUCAUAAAGCCACAGCCUGUAAAUGUCUUGAAGGCUUUGGGGUCGGUUUCCAACAACACUGACAUGGCAACACAGUUACGAAAAUUAUUUCUUUCCCCCUAAAAUGGAGUGACUCUUGGGUUUGUAUUAACAAUUAACACCAAAUAGACAUAUGCACGGGGAGUACUGUAUAUUUUGGGUUUGGUUGACAGAUUAAAUGUUCCUACACUUUAUUUGUUCAGGUUGCUCAAUGUGCAUCAUGAUGUGCACGAGUUAUGUGAAAUUUGACUAAUAUAGACUCUGAUGUAACUGUUGUUCAUGUGAUUAGAUCAAUGAUUCAUGUUGCAUGCCACUGUCCUCUUAAAGUGUAGAUAAUAAAGCAUUUUACACAAUCUCUAUUAGUGUGUACUUCACCCAACACAACCACUAAAGCAGGGGUGCACACACUU